AUGAAAAAGAGCGGGACCCCGUACCUGUCUCAGGAGAGAGGGGCUCGUACCUGUCUCAGGAGAGCGGGGCCCGUACCUGUCUCAGGAGAGCGGGACCCGUAUCUGUCUCAGGAGAACGGGGCCCGUACCUGUCUCAGGAGAGCGGGGCCCGUACCUGCCUCAGGAGAGCGGGGCCCGUACCUGCCUCAGGAGAGCGGGGCCCUGUACCUGCCUCAGGAGAGCGGGGCCCGUACCUGUCUCAGGAGAGCGGGCCUCGUACCUGUCUCAGGAGAGCGGGGCCCGUACCUGCCUCAGGAGAGCGGGGCCCGUACCUGUCUCAGGAGAGCGGGGCCCGUACCUGUCUCAGGAGAGCGGGGCCCGUACCUGCCUCAGGAGAGCGGGGUCCGUACCUGCCUCAGGAGAGCGGGGCCCGUACCUGCCUCAGGAGAGCGGGCCCGUACCUGCCUCAGGAGAGCGGGGCCCGUACCAGUCUCAGGAGAGCGGGGCCCUGUACCUGCCUCAGGAGAGCGGGGCCCGUACCUGUCUCAGGAGAGCGGGGCCCGUACCUGUCUCAGGAGAGCGGGGCCCGUACCUGCCUCAGGAGAGCGGGGCCCGUACCUGCCUCAGGAGAGCGGGGCCCGUACCUGUCUCAGGAGAGCGGGGCCCGUACCUGCCUCAGGAGAGCGGGGCCCGUACCUGUCUCAGGAGAGCGGGGCCCUGUACCUGCCUCAGGAGAGCGGGGCCCGUACCUGUCUCAGGAGAGCGGGGCCCGUACCUGCCUCAGGAGAGCGGGACCCGUACCUGCCUCAGGAGAGCGGGGCCCGUACCUGUCUCAGGAGAGCGGGGCCCGUACCUGCCUCAGGAGAGCGGGGCCCGUACCUGCCUCAGGAGAGCGGGCCUAUACCUGUCUCAGAAGAGCGGGGCCCGUACCUGUCUCAGGAGAGCGGGGCCCGUACCUGCCUCAGGAGAGCGGGCCUAUACCUGUCUCAGGAGAGCGGGGCCCGUACCUGCCUCAGGAGAGCGGGGCCCUGUACCUGCCUCAGGAGAGCGGGGCCCUGUACCUGUCUCAGGAGAGCGGGGCCCGUACCUGCCUCAGGAGAGCGGGGCCCUGUACCUGCCUCAGGAGAGCGGGGCCCGUACCUGUCUCAGGAGAGCGGGGCCCUGUACCUGCCUCAGGAGAGCGGGGCCCUGUACCUGUCUCAGGAGAGCGGGGCCCUGUACCUGCCUCAGGAGAGCGGGGCCCGAGAGCGGGACCCGUACCUGUCUCAGGAGAGCGGGGCCCGUACCUGCCUCAGGAGAGCGGGGCCCGUACCUGCCUCAGGAGAGCGGGGCCCGUACCUGCCUCAGGAGAGCGGGGCCCGUACCUGUCUCAGGAGAGCGGGGCCCGUACCUGCCUCAGGAGAGCGGGGCCCGUACCUGUCUCAGGAGAGCGGGGCCCUGUACCUGCCUCAGGAGAGCGGGGCCCGUACCUGCCUCAGGAGAGCGGGGCCCGUACCUGUCUCAGGAGAGCGGGGCCCGUACCUGCCUCAGGAGAGCGGGACCCGUACCUGCCUCAGGAGAGCGGGGCCCGUACCUGUCUCAGGAGAGCGGGGCCCGUACCUGCCUCAGGAGAGCGGGCCUAUACCUGUCUCAGAAGAGCGGGGCCCGUACCUGUCUCAGGAGAGCGGGGCCCGUACCUGCCUCAGGAGAGCGGGCCUAUACCUGUCUCAGGAGAGCGGGGCCCGUACCUGCCUCAGGAGAGCGGGGCCCUGUACCUGCCUCAGGAGAGCGGGGCCCUGUACCUGUCUCAGGAGAGCGGGGCCCGUACCUGCCUCAGGAGAGCGGGGCCCUGUACCUGCCUCAGGAGAUCGGGGCCCGUACCUGUCUCAGGAGAGCGGGGCCCUGUACCUGCCUCAGGAGAGCGGGGCCCUGUACCUGUCUCAGGAGAGCGGGGCCCUGUACCUGCCUCAGGAGAGCGGGGCCCGUACCUGUCUCAGGAGAGCGGGGCCCGUACCUGUCUCAGGAGAGCGGGGCCCUGUACCUGCCUCAGGAGAGCGGGGCCCUGUACCUGCCUCAGGAGAGCGGGGCCCGUACCUGUCUCAGGAGAGCGGGGCCCUGUACCUGCCUCAGGAGAGCGGGGCCCGUACCAGUCUCAGGAGAGCGGGGCCCUGUACCUGCCUCAGGAGAGCGGGGCCCGUACCUGUCUCAGGAGAGCGGGGCCCUGUACCUGCCUCAGGAGAGCGGGGCCCGUACCUGCCUCAGGAGAUUGGGGCACCGUACCUGCCUUAG